AUGGUUCACGGCUCGGUUGUUGUCGUUCUUGUUCGUCGCCGCCGUCAAGAACCGGCCGAUCCAAUCCUGCAUCGUGCUCCCGUCCGUAACCCGGCCCAGCGUUGCGCGUGUACUUCGUACUCUGAUUUGGGCCGUGGUCUUGGUCAUGGUCUUGAUGACUGGUCUCAAUCUUACUUUUGGGUCUUGGAUUUUUUCGCUUGCAAAACCCUCUCCGCAUCCAAUAGCACCACCGCCGGCCUUCACCACCAUCCAUCAACCAGCGAAAGCAGGGAGACGGAGCAGAGACAGCACCGACUCGGAGGUACCCCGGAAGCUACCGACCUACCAACGCAGAACGCGUCUCUUUCCCCCGAUUUCAUCUUCAUCAACAGCCGGCCUGACCAAGCAAGCGUUGCUUCCUGCCCGCCCGCUCUCAUCCCAUCACAUCGCCGCCAGCGCCUUUCCGUCUGCCGACCUGCCAAGGCUUUCCUCCAGAGGAUACCAAUUUUGAUCCCUUGGGUCACGUCCGCCAUCCGCCGUCUCCAUCAUCACGAGAUUUGGAACUGGAACUGGAACCGAUACUCCUUAUUGGAUCUAUUGAAUCUUGCUUGGAUCGUCACUUCCCGUCCCGUCCCUGUCGUCGUCGUCGUGGUCGCCGUCAACUAUUUCGCCCACACGAGUCUGAAUUAA